AUGGAUUCUCCAAUCCUGGUAUACGUCCACGGGGGUUUCUGGCAGACGCUAUCGCGUGAGAUAUCUCGGUACCCUGCGCUGCCGCUUUACCGCUCUCAGAUCAAAACAAUUGUGGUUGGGUACGAUCUGAGCCCGUUCGUUACGCUGCCGGAAAUAGUGCGUCAGAUUGAAAAUGCCGCGAAAUUCGUGUUCGAGUACGCGGAGAAAAUGGGAUCAAGAGGCAUGUACUUCGCAGGUCACUCAUCCGGCGGGCAAUUGGUGGCUAAACUAUUAAGCAAUGUCGAUUUCUUCGAGGACAAUCCAGGAUCGCAUCGGUUACGAGGAGUUUUCCUUAUAUCGGGCAUAUACGAUUUACGGGAGUUAGUCUACACAUCUGUAAAUGACGCUGUACAACUCCCACAUGAAUAUGCAAUACCACUGUCGCCUUUAUUCGAUUUCUAUACUCAUUUGCAGUCAAGAAAAUUGAGAGUGUACAUCCUAGCCGCCCAAAACGACAGCCCAACGUUCAAAAAACAGUCUAGAGAGUUCUACGCACUUCUUCAUAACAUUCUUAUGCAGAAUGUGUAUUUGGAAAUAAAAGACGAUUUAGAUCACUUUAGUAUUGUCGAAAUCCUCGCUGAAGAUGAUAAUUACCUUAAGAAUCUGAUUGUUUACGAUAUACAAAAACAUUUGUAA